CUGCAACUGAAAAGCAAGCAAACACUACACAGCUUCACAGUAAUUUCUAUUUCGUCGAAAGUGAUGUGAGACGUCAAACGUAAAUGUUUACGUGCGAGAAAGUACACUAAUUUGUAAUUUGCUGUAUUAUUUCCAAAAGAAACGAAAAGUAUGGAUAGCUUUGUGAAAAAUAAUCUGCUGAAGUGGAAUCUGGGUGAUCUGGUGGAACGCUUUUGUGAUGAGGAAGUCAACGAGGAAGCAUUUAUGGUCCUUACCGAGGACAUCAUCAAGGAACUAAUUCCGAAGCUGGGAAAACGUGCCAUUUUCAUCGCUAGAUAUACUGAACUCAAAAAUUCGCUUGGUAACCAAUUAUCGCCAGCAUGUAGUCAAGUCACUAAAUCGGAUGAGAAGAAGCCCGUUCGAACUGUAGAAAUAGUCCCUGCACCGUCUUCAACUCAGCCUUAUCAAAAGAUGACAGUCGAGCGACUGGAGAUGGAAUGCGAGAAUGACUAUGACGAUUAUUUGCUGGAUCCGGACGCGACGUCAUAUGCGCAUGUCGAGGACGACAACGCCUGCGAUCCUUUUUUCGAGGUCGAGAUCGAAGGGGAACCGUCGGAGAAACGUUUCAAACUGGAGAUCCAGCCGGAAGAACAAACAGACGUUACUGUUCAUGGAAAGUCCAAUGAAUCGGAUGAAGAUUUCACAGGGUUCCCGGAAAAACCGGCAGACAAUUCCACAGCAGAAAAACUGUCGGGAGCGGAGAAGCUUCGACGUCUUCUUGCUGAGUCGCCACUUAACCGAAACCUACUUGGACUAGAAACGUUGGACAACGUACAACGCAUACAAUUGACCAAUGCGGUGGUGAAUUACCUGGUUGUCAGUAGUCCGAAUGGGAAGGUAUCUGCCAAAAUGUUCGCGCACUGGGCAAAACUGAUCGAGGAAGUAUUCCCCUCUGAAACGGCACAAUUGUACUAUGGUUCAUCUCACAAAGAUGGUAGGAAUGGAAGAUUGAUAGAACGGUACAGUUACUUACGCAGCUGCAAACCAUCCGAGCUAGCGAAGCUGACAGAGCAACGGAAAGCUGCUUCGGUGGCAGAAAAAUCUUUCGUGGAUUUCGAUACAUAUGGAGAUGACUCGUCUACGGACUUCCCGUUUGAUGAUUCUGACAGUGAAAUGAACGCUCUGGCUCAGUUGAAAAAAAUUGUUUCAUCCUGUUCUAUCAUGAAGAACACCCUGGCCGCACAAUUUUUGACUCCUAAUCAGCGAACUAUUCUUUCAGCUAACAUUAUUAGCUAUUUGAUGUUCAAACACAAUGGAGACGCACCCAUCGAGGACAUGAAAAACUUCGCUGAAGCGAUCGAAGUACUUUACCCAAAAGAGAACGCAUCCAUCUAUUACCGUCGUCCGAAAAAUCGUGGUCGUGUACAUGGCAAACUUGCCGACCGUUUUGGAUACGUCAAGGCUUCCAUCACUCGAAGAGAACCACGGAGAUUAUUUGCUAAGAAAUCGCCGAUUUCAAAGUUGCAGGAGAUGCACACCGUCGUCGAAGCAAAGCCCACAUGGAACGAAAUCUACGAGUUUCGAAAGAAUAUGACGCGGAAGCUGUCCCCUAUCAAAAUUUUGGAAUUGUUUCCCGCUUUGAGUCAAUCAGAUGGAUAUUUAUUGUUUUUGGAGGAUUUUAACCGCGAAUACCCAGAUACAGUGAAUAAUUUCAGUAAGCAUUGGCCUACUUAUGCCUCCAGCAUUUUUCGUUAUAUUGAACAGAAUAAGUUUAUGGAAGGUGUAACUGAGUACAACAUAGACAAAUACGAAGAAGACAUACAAACCUCGAUGCUCAUACUAUUGCCGCUACUGUUCAAGCCACCGAUACGCUCCGCCAAAUACUGGAGCCCCACUCGGCUGGAAGUAGCGGACAGUUUCAUCCUACACGCCAAAGUAUUCCGCGAUGCCGUCGAUGCUCUGAGGCGGCGACGGAAAACUUUGGAGCGAUACAAACUUCGCCUUACACCGGUGGUGGUUGCUAUCGGGCCAACACUUUCCACCAUCGAGUCCUGCUUCAUUGUCAUCCAGCACGUGUUCUACAAGUUCGAAAAGUUGCAAAAGGCGAUUGAGGUGUGCAUUAAGAUCUACGCUACGCUCGGUGCGCGCUAUCUGGAUGAGGUGUCCGCACCGUGGGUGUUCGUUCAGCGUUUCGUGAUGAAGGUGGAACUGCCUACGGACAAUAUUUCGUCGAAGAUAUUUGCUCUUCUGGAGGCAAUGGAUUUGCCGCUUCGAUAGGAUUUGAUUUUAAUUGUUGUGACAAAGGAAAAUCAAAUUUGUUUUGAUUUGAAUUACCGCGAAUAAACGGUGUAUUGAAUCGGUGUAUUGUUAAAAAGAGAUAGACUGAUUACACUCAAGUUUGAAGUGAAGUCAAAAAUGAAAAUACCAUAAAUUUAAUAUGUUCAUUAAAGUAAUCGAUAAACAUAGCUACUAUAGAUGCCAAAAAAAACAAGCAGGUUCUAUCGAUACUAUAACAACAAACUUGAGGAAAAAAUAAACAAAAUCAUUGAAAUAUGUACAGAGUAUCUCGAUGUAUUGAAAAGUUUUCGA